UUUGAUAUUCAUCACUGCGCAUGCGCUCUGCUGACACGGAACUAGGUUAUGCCGCUGGUAAUGGUAAGGCAUUAGCUCGCUCAAAGAAAUAAAUUGCGGUUGUUCAUCGGCUUUUGGAACUUUAUCAAACCUUCGCCAUAAAGGUGCUUCUGGUGCUGCUGGACCGUGCCUUGCAUUUACAAAGUGUGGACCAUGGCAAUGUCCUGUCAGUCUUUGCUGCUGUUGCUGUGUGUGGGAGCGUCGGCCGUGGAAGUUCAGCGUCCUCGCGGUGUCCCUUUAUCAAAAAAGCAGUUUUAUGAAGAAGGCAAACCUUUUACAUGCCUGGAUGGGUCCCGCACUAUUCCGUUUGACAGAGUAAAUGAUGACUACUGUGACUGCCAGGAUGGAUCAGAUGAGCCAGGAACGGCAGCUUGUCCCAAUGGCAGCUUCCAUUGCACCAACGCAGGUUUUCGUCCAGCUUUCAUUCCUUCCUCCCGCAUCAAUGACGGAAUCUGUGACUGCUGUGAUACUACAGAUGAGUACAACAGUGGGGCUGCCUGUCAGAACACCUGCAGGGAGUUGGGGCGCAAAGAGAGAGAGAGUCUGCAGAAAAUGGCAGAAAUUGCAAAGGAGGGCUUUUUGCUUAAACAACAACUUAUCCACGAGGCCAAAAGCGGUCUAGAGGAAAAAAAGGGCAAACUCGAAGAUAUCCAGGGCAGUAAGAAGGAUCUAGAAGCAAAGGUGGAGGCUUUGCGAACAGUUAAGGAGACUGCAGAGCACCCAGAGAAGGAAGCUAAAGAGCGUCAUCUGAAGGCCUGGGAAGAUCAAAAAGCUGUCAUUCGCAUGGAGAAAGACAAAGCUAAAAUGGCAGAGGUGUUUCAAGAACUGGAUGAUGAUGCGAAUGGCUUCGUCUCAGUUGCUGAGCUUCUGUCCCAUUCCGAGCUAGACUCAGAUUCAUCCGAUGGUUUAUUCACAGAAGCAGAGGCUCAGGCACUGUUAGGAGGAGUGGAUGAAGUGGACAUGGUAGCUUUUGAGUCUGUUUGGAAUAAUAUAAAAGAAAAAUAUGUUUCUGAGCACUCUAAUACAGACAUUCCAACACCAGUGGAAACUCUAAAGGAAACUGUCUCGGACAACUCUGACUCUGAGCCGUACCCUGACGAUGACAACCCAGAGGAAGAAGAUGACGACGAUGACUAUGGAGAUGAAGAUGGGGAUGAAGGAGACUAUAAACCACCUCCCUCAACUCAGUCUCAAGAAAAGAGGGAUCAUGAUGAUGAGGAGGGAACUAUGCCACCCUAUAGCCAAGAAACACAGAACCUCAUUGAUGCUGCUCAGAAAGCCAGGGAUGAGUUUGAUGAAGCGGAGAAAGCUCUACGGGAGGUGGAUGAUCAGAUCAGGAACCUUGAGAAGGAAAUCUCCUUUGACUUUGGACCCAGUGCAGAAUUUUCCUACCUCUACAGCCAGUGUUACGAGCUGACAACUGGCGAGUACGUCUACAGGCUUUGUCCAUUUAACAAAGUAUCCCAGAAACCUAAAUAUGGUGGAUCAGAAACAAAUUUAGGAACAUGGGGAAAAUGGGCAGGGCCUGAGGAUAACGUCUACGCUCUGAUGAAGUAUGAGCAUGGAACAGGGUGCUGGCAAGGCCCUAACAGAUCCACUACUGUUAAGUUAACAUGUGGAAAGGAAACUGUUGUGACAUCCACCUCAGAGCCCAGUCGCUGUGAGUACCUUAUGGAGUUCACCACCCCUGCUGUCUGUCAGGAGCUCCAAAUGCCGCAUGAGCAUGAAGAACUCUAGAUAUUCAUAAUUUGUUGUUUUCAAGGGACCAGAUUAAGUGCAGUAUCAUGAAGUGUCCAUGCUGUUGGCAGCAUCACCUUCAUGUCUUGAAAUUUCACUGAGUAGUUAGUUAUAUGAUCAACGCCUCCUCUUCCAUUUCUACUUGUGUUGAUUUUGGUGUUUUAUGUCAGAUGUAGAAUCAUUCCAUUGUUUUCAAAUAAAGUUCAUUUUAACAGAUUAAAA